GGAAACAGUCAGAACUUUUCCGCGUCAACACAUACCCACAUCGCGACUAUCUCCGGCGUCGGCCCUGGUCAAAAUGUCUAUAAGCAAAGCCGCCAGCCGCGUUCCGCGCGGACACUCCUCUGCAUCGGACCACACCUCAUCAUCGCCCGUGCAGGCCUCCUGACUCUUAGAUCCGCCCACGUCUGGUACAGGGCCCUCAUCCGCCUUCCGCCAUUAAAAUGGAAAACCUACCACCAACCCAUUUCCUCAACCUUCCGCGACCAGACGUGUUUGUGCCGACGUUUGCCGGCGCACCAGACACCUCUACCCUCGCAGCGCAUGAUUUCGACGUCGAUACCCGUACCGGUUUCAUGCCCCCAGAACCCCCUCUCGUCCGUCUUCCGAGCGCAUGGGAGCCAUGGGAGGUCGUGCUAGAGGACGCGAUCCAGGACAAGCUUGAGCACGCAGACAGCCCGGAAUUGUCGGAUGAGGGCCAGGCGACCUCUGAGCGAUGGCGCAACCGGGUCCGCGAGCUCCCGAUACUAUCCACGGCCGACCUGAAAUCGUCCGAAGUGCUGCUCCGUCGGGCCCACCAUGUCCUGGCAUGGAUCAUGCAUUUCUACGUCCACACCACCCCGAUGACCGUGCGCAACAUCCAUAUACCCCCGCCCAUCACUGUCCCACACCUCCAAGUCUGUGCGCAGCUGCAGCUCCCACCCGUUCUCACGUAUUCAGACGACGUGCUCUAUAACUGGGCGUUCAGGACAUCGCCGGCUCCGAACGUCCCGUUCGUCCCGAAGCAGCAGCUGCACAACCUGCGCUGUCUCACUCUCUUCACGGGCACGCGCGACGAGGAGGAGUUCUACCUCUCCUCAGCACGCAUCGAACUCCGCGGCGUCGAGGCACUGUCCAUCAUGCGUGCGAUCAUGGACGAGGCGUUCGCGGGCGACGCCAUCGCCAUCCGCCGCAUCACGGCAUACCUCCGAGCUCUCGCCGGCGUCAUCCGCGACAUGCAGCAGCUGCUCGCGGGCGUGCGCGACGGCUGCGACCCGCAGGUGUUCUACGACGAGAUCCGGCCGUGGUUCAAGGGCGCGGACUCGGACACGACCGGCCGCAAGUGGGUGUUCGACGGGCUCGAGCUCGACCCGACGCUCGCCGAGCCCACCGAGCUGUCCGGCCCCAGCGCGGGCCAGAGCUCGCUCAUCCACGCGCUCGACAUCUUCCUCGGGGUCGACAGGUACUCGCACACGAACUUCGCCACAGGGCGCCCGCCGGCUUCUUCCUCGCCGCACGCUGCCGGCUCCCCGGCCGCGCCCGCCUCUCCCACUACGGCGGCGUUCAGCUCCGCCCCAGGCCCACCUAAGGUGCCCUUCUUGACACGCAUGCAGUCGUACAUGCCACGCCACCACCGCGCCUUCCUGCGCCACCUGCAGGGAAACCCACGGCCGCUCCGGAGGCUCGUGGAGCAGUCGGACGACCCAGCCCUGCGGGAGGCGUACGACGUCGCGGUCACCGCGCUGAAGGAGUUCCGCGACGAGCAUGUGCGCAUCGUCGCGCUGUACAUCCUGAUUCCGUCGCGCAAGGCUUCGGGCGCUGCGCAGCAGUCGGGGGCAGCGCCGUUGGGUACUGGGGGCACAGACGCUUUCCAGUUCGUGCAGGGCGUCAGGGACCAGACCGCGGGGGCGUUGCUUGGCCAUGGACGUCCGUAGAGCGUGAUGCUUACAUGAAAUUAGAGCUACCAUGUAAUAGUAAUCUUGAAUCUUGGAUGUACGAUGGAUCUGUAGCAGUCGCAAAUUAAGUGAAUCGCGAAGGUUCACGGUCUCGCUUCCAAC